AAAACGAGUAGAGCAAAUAUAUAUAUACUUACUCGCCGGAAAUAUACACAUAUAUAUAUUUACGUAAGAAAUUGCCUAUAAGCAAGAGAGGAGGGUCGUGAGAGGUCUAGGAAUACUUCCCAAUAAAUUCCAGACCGAUUCGUAGUCACCGGAGCAUCCUAGAGGUCGCCGGAGUUGCAAGCCGUGGAAACGGGUCUUCAGAAAAGACACGAUUUUGCCGUAGAUAGGGGUGGUGGAGCUUCUCCUCGACGUCAGGAUCAUUUUGCAACUUGAAUCGUCGAAAUCCGUUACCUCGUUCCAUCACAAUACUUGUUGAUUUCUUCUGCCACCAACAAGCGCCUCUCACCUUUGUGGUUCAGAUAGAUGAUAGCUAACGGGCAAUCGAAGAUGUAAUAGGCUGGAUAGUUCUCAAGUUCUGGCCCGUAAAGCUUUGGUCUUGAGAGGUUUGUCUUUGGCAGAUUGGUUUCUAGGGCCAUCUGAAGAUCAUGGGAAGCAAAGAAUUUGGCUUGUCUGACCAUGAAGCGCUUGAGUGCCUUGAAUCCCUCUUGUGUAGAUUUGUCCCAGGUGACUGGAAUUUCCUGGAAGGCUAGAUACAUAUGAUAGAUGUCAUCCAUCUUUAACAUAUAAAGGUCAUUUUCCUUGCAGGUAAAUUCAGUCCCGUCGGAGUGUUGCAGGCGGUAAACAGAGAGUGGGAUGUCUUGAUAAUUUAUUUCGGCUACAUUUAGUAUACUCCAUACUGGGUCUUUUGCGACAGUGUACUGAUCCGUUGGAAAGAUAAAGCGGGUUGUGGGAGCUCACCUGGUAAUGGAAGGCUUCUGGGUAAGGGUGGAGGGCUCCUUAGAGAGUAUCAUGUUCCAUUAUUUCACAUGGUAUCAGAGCUAGAGUUUUUCUCCAUUAGCAUCUCGCACCACAUUAUCUCUAUCUGAUGGUGAGCUGCUUUCUGACUCCACUGAGUAUCGCAGUAUGGUAGGUGCAUUGCAAUAUUUAACUUUGACACGGCCUAAUAUGACUUAUGCAGUACACUUGGUGUCUCAAUUUAUGCAUGCACCACGCACUACUCAUCUUUUUGCAGUCAAAAGAAUUUUCAGGUAUUUGCAGGGCACACGUAAUCAUGGUUUGUGGCUCCAGCAUUCGGCCAAACCUACUUGUGUGAUUGCUUAUUCUGAUGCUGAUUUGGCUAGAUGUCCAGAUAGCUCUCGCUCCACCACUGGAUUUGCUGUGUUUCUCGGUCCGAAUCUUAUAUCAUGGAAGUCCAAAAAGCAGCCGACUGUGUCAAAAUCCUCUACGGAAGCUGAGUAUCGUGCAAUUGCUUACACUGUCCAGGAUACACUACAUAUUCGGUCCAUAUUAUUUGAGCUUGGUUUCUCUGUGACAGAACCCGUGCAUUUAUUAUGUGAUAAUAUUUCUGCUUCCUAUUUGUCCGCUAAUCCUGUACAGCAUGCUCGAAGUAAACACAUCCAGAUUGAUUAUCAUUUUGUUCGCGAACGAGUUGCUCAUGGAGAUCUUCUUGUUAAACAUGUUCCUACUCACUUGCAGUUAGCAGAUAUUUUUACUAAAAGCCUCCCUAGUCAGCGUUUUCAUUUUUUAAAGGACAACCUGCGCGUUGUUUCUCCUGCAC